GAUUAAGGUACAAUAUGAAGAGCGUCUUCAAGCUUAUGUGCCUGAUCGCUGGUCCUGAAACCCUGAAUCAACGUCAUGCUUCGAGAUGCGCUUGCAUCCGCGGGCUCUGGUUCUGUUCUAGUUCUGGCGCUGGUGCUGGUGCUGGAAGAACCUUGGCGACUAACUGGCCGAUGUUUGGGGAAAAGUCUAUCGUGGAAAUUCGAAAGCUCGAGAUCAAGUCAAUUAUGCGCGCAACCUCCUUUCAAGACAAGAAGCCAAACCAAGAAACUUCAAACUCGAUAGAGUUCAACGAGCUGCUCGAUCGGGACAAUCUAGCGCAUGGCAAUCUAUCUUCUCUCGCUUCUUUGUUAUUUCCCUUUUGGGCCAGUUUGUCUACUGCGUCUACUGCUACUCCCAGUAGUCCCGGCUCUGCUAGAUCUGCUCGACAGAGACAGACCGUCGGGACCGUCGGCAUUAUAAUGUGGUACCCAGGGGUGGCUGUACCCGUCUCGUCGUCUUUGAGCCUAUCCAACCUAUCCAACCUGCGUGACCCUGUGCGGGAUCAAUCAGUCAUGCUGAUGACUAUGACUCUGCAGGUUCUGUACCGGGCUGCGAAUAUGUCUUGCGAUCGUCUGUAA